CUAAGUGGUUGGAGGCACAGGCUUCAGCCUCUGGAAGACCAAGCCAAUUUCUCCAUCCUCCUGCGCUAGAGUGAGUCUCUGUUCUGGAGAACUGGACUGAAUCCCUAUUUCAGUGAAGAGACAGCGUUUUCCCAAUGUGCCUCGCAGCAAAUAGGAACAGACUUUAAUCCAGGAAGAGACAGUCAGAGGAGCUGAGAUUUGUAUCCACCCAUUUGAGGAAGAAAGCUGGCAGAUUUAAACUUAUCUGCUUUCAAGCUCAUCGUCAUGAUGAAACUUAGACACAAAAAUAAAAAGCCAGGUAAAGUUUCUAGAAGCUGCAAGAAGCCUGCAAAGCAAAAUGGGAAGAAAGCAACCUCCAUAGUGCCCUCAGAUCCCCAGUUUAUUCACUUCAAUGAUCACCAUAACCACCAUAACCGAGAGGCUGAAUUAAAGAAGAAGAGGGUUGAGGAGAUGAGGGAGAAACAGCAAGCUGCCCGGGAACAGGAGAAACAAAGACACAGGAGCAUGGAGAGCUACUGUCAGGAUGUCCUGAGACGCCAGAAGGAGUUUGAACACAAGGAAGAAGUUUUGCAGGAGUUAAAUAUGUUUCAUCAGCUGGAUGAUGAGGCCACAAGGAAGGCUUAUUACAAGGAGUUCCAUAAGGUGGUGGAAUACUCUGAUGUGAUUCUGGAAGUCCUAGAUGCCAGAGACCCAUUGGGCUGCCGCUGCUUCCAAAUGGAGGAGGCUGUCCUGCGGGCAGAAGGCAACAAGAAACUGGUCCUGGUCUUGAAUAAGAUUGACCUGGUCCCCAAGGAGGUUGUGGAGAAGUGGUUGGAUUACCUUCGGAAUGAGCUGCCUACUGUGGCUUUCAAAGCCAGUACCCAGCAUCAGCUCAAAAACCUGAAUCGUUGCAGUGUGCCAGUGGAGCAGGCCUCUGAGUCGCUGCUGAAAAGCAAAGCCUGCUUUGGAGCUGAAAAUCUUAUGAGGGUUCUAGGGAACUAUUGCCGUCUUGGUGAAGUGCGCACUCACAUCCGUGUGGGUGUUGUGGGCCUUCCCAAUGUCGGGAAGAGCAGCCUGAUCAAUAGCCUGAAGCGCAACCGUGCAUGCAGUGUGGGAGCUGUUCCUGGGGUCACCAAAUUCAUGCAAGAGGUCUAUCUGGACAAGUUCAUCAGGCUGCUGGAUGCUCCAGGCAUUGUCCCAGGCCCCAACUCAGAGGUGGGUACCAUCCUGUGCAACUGUGUCCACGUACAGAAGCUGACAGACCCUGUGACCCCAGUAGAGACCAUCCUGCAACACUGUAAUCUGGAGGAGAUUUCCAAGUAUUAUGGCAUCCCUGGGUUCCAGAACACUGAGUACUUUCUGACUGCAGUGGCCCACCGCUUGGGGAAGAAGAAGAAGGGAGGCUUAUACAGUCAGGAGCAGGCAGCUAAAGCUGUCCUGGCUGACUGGGUGAGUGGGAAGAUCAGUUUCUACACACCACCACCACCUACCCACACUCUGCCCACCCAUCUCAGUGCUGAGAUUGUUAAGGAAAUGACUGAGGUCUUUGACAUCGGGGAUACUGAGCAGGCCAAUGAAGACACCAUGGAAUGCUUGGCCACUGGAGAAUCUGAUGAGCUUUUGGGUGACACAGACACACUCCCAAUGGAGAUCAAGUGGCUCCAUUCUCCGAUGAUGAAAAUAGCAGAUGCCACUGAAAAUAAAACCACCAUGUAUAAGAUUGGAGAUCUCACUGGGUACUGCACCAAACCAAACCAUCAUCAGGUGGGGUGGGCUAAACAUGAGGUGGGCUGCUGCCCCAAGAACAACAGUACUGUGGAUGUCUGUGCAGUGGACCGCCGCCCGAUGUUGCAGAGGAUCAUGGAAAUAGAUCCCCUGCAGCAGGGCCAGGCUCUGGCGUCUGCCCUGAAGAAUAAGAAGAGGAUGCAGAAGCGUACAGAUAAAAUUGCCAACAAGUUGUCUGAUUCCAUGAUGUCUGUCCUUGAUUUCUCUGGCAACACUGAUGACAGUACUGGUGACUGAUGGACUCAUCUCAUUCGCUCCUAGAAGCACCGGUUCCAGUGGGAUGGGAGAAUACCAGUGAAAUAGUUUGGUUCCGCCUGAAGCACCUGCAUAUUAAAAGAAUCCCUUCCCUAUCAUGUGCCCCCUCAUUUUCUUCCACUUUCUCUGAUAAAAAGAAUCCUAAGAGGCUGGAGUUGCCAUACCCAUUACCCUUUAUUUAGCUCCUAUUGUUUCACAGAAGAAAUAAAAAAUAUAUUA